AUGGUGUGGUGGCGCUAUCUUGUGCUGCUUUCCUCGUCUCUGGCUUUCCGCAAGAGUGACUUUACAGAUUGGGAUUGCCGACGAGUGAAUUCAAAGCUUGUCCUGUGGAAUACGCUCCGGGAAGUUGCUGUUGCAGAAGCAGAUGCCGCGGAGUCUUCUCUAUUCACUGUCCCGAACCUGGUGUCCACAGUGAGCGAUUUCGAGACAUCCCCUGCAGUGUUCGAGACGCUGUUCACUGAAUGCCCACUGGGCACGAUCUUUCUUCUGGAGAUCGCGCUUGGCAGCUGCCUUUUGAAUCAUGGGCAGUACACCUUCGAGCCUUGCGAAGCGACCGGAGAUUUGUUGAUGGAGCUCAUGCUUCGGCGAAAUGUAUCUAUGGCUAUGCUACUCACAGCAACUUGGCCCAUCAAACAGGCCCUUGACAUGCCGUUUCUGUACGAGUUCGGGGCGGACACAGCCAGCAGCUGGCACACGGUCCAGAACAGCCCGGUUUACAUCUGUGACCAGCAGGUUGCGGAUAAUGGCGAGGGUGGAUUCGAGUGGCCGCAGCUCCAAGAGCUCAUUUGGAUUGCGGUUCGAGACGAAGAGCAGGUUUUGCCAAAGGUUCGCAACUUGAUUUUCGGGAAGGAGAUACAGAAGUUGGUGACCGACCAGUUGCAAGAUCCGCACCACUUCCUGCCCGACUGUUUGUCCGGAUGGAUUGCCACGCUGCUCAUCUUCGCUGGCAUCACAUGGCACAUGGAGUCUUAUGUGUACUUCUCCUACGAACAAGUGCUGAAGCGAUAUCUGGCCACCUUGGAGUUCUGGGAGUUCUUCGGUUCGGGCUGGUUGCUUUCCGCGCUGAUGGGUCAGGUUUGCGUGAUGCAUCGCACCAUUAACGAGAUGGACUUCUCGGGUUCUGAGCUCCUCAAAGAUCCACACAUCGACUCGAUUGGCUCUCUGCGCCUCAAGGCGUCGCCGAUUUUCUCCGCAACGGCUGCUGCCGUGCUGGGCGAGGGCGCGAGACCUUACAGCGUGAACGGAGAGAGUCGGCUUCUGACGUAUGCCGUGUAUGUCUGGGGCGAGGCCUUCGUGAAGUGGCUUCCGGCGUACAUCAAGCGCUUCCACAGUCUCGGAGUCUACAACCUCAUGGUUUUCGGUGACACUGCCACGUACCAGGUUUGCUCUGCGAUCCAGAGGGCUGUUUGCCUCCAACUGGAUACGAAGAACUCUCUCCACCGCUAUACGAUUCCGUUGGCUCUCAUGAACCUGGGUGUGGAUGCCUUCAUCCUCGAUUUCGAUAUCUAUCCCUUUCAGGAUCCGACGCCUGUGCUGAUUUCUGAAAUUGAGAGCUACAGUGUCGCUCCGGAACUUUUGAUUGGUGGCUCUUUCGGAGAUGCGUGCAUCUGCAAUGCAUUGGCCUUCUACCGGAGCACGCCUGCGCUUCGCGACUUCAUCCGAGGCUUGUUGGACUGGCUGUAUGAGCAUCCCUUCCCACAUGCUGUUUCGCAGAGGGAGAAUUCGCACAUCUGUGAUUGCUUCAAGCUCAUAAGUCAGAACACGGCCAAGGAAGCACCCAUGCAGAAAAAGCAAAGCACGAGCCCAGUCGUCGUGAAAGCAGAGAGAUUGGCCCCUUGGCUUCCGGACCGUGCUAGCCCUGGAAUCGCUUGGGCUGUGCUGGAUCCAGGUGCGUGGCGGGUGCUCAUGAAACACAUGGGCAUUGGAUUUGUUGACGUUGUAAUAGGUGUACAGUUUUCCUCGUCGGCCAACCUCGAGACCUCGGGCUGGGCGGGCAAUGCAAAGGACAUCGUGAUCUAUCACUUUUUCUAUGGAGCUUGGUUGGAGGCCGAAGUUGCCAUGCAGAUAGAGGUGAAGGACAGGGAGACCUUCGAUAUCUUUUACAACACAAGCUGUGGCAGAGAGCCUCAGGCGUGUGAAGAACGACGAGAGCAAAGGAUUCAGGACCACCUCGCUGCAAACAGGCGAGGAGAUGUACGAAACCAUACAGAGCGAGAGUGCAUCUCGCUGCCGUACGAAGAUCUGGAUCCUGUGGUUAUGUGA